AUGGCUCGCUCUAACUUCAGCGCGGUCGAUGAGUACGGGUUUGAGAGACACGAGGAUUUUGAUUACGAGAGCUAUGAAGAUUUUAUGUCAAAUUACUUGAAAGUAUUGGCGACGAGGGCGCAAAAAUGGGCCAGUUUACUUGGCGAAGGAAAGUCGGUCAAACGCACUAACACAGUGAAGAGAUACGUCCGCAAAGGAGUACCAAGUGAACAUCGGCCAUCAGUAUGGAUGGCAAUUUCAGAAGUAGACAAGAUGAGAGACCAAUGUCCUGACUUAUUCCACAAGAUACUAGAUGGCCCAUUUGAAAAGGAAUUGGUUGAUCUUGUAAAAACAGACCUCCCACGCACAUUUCCUGACAAUAUAUACUUUACGAAAGAAGCCAACCACCAAACACAUUUGUUUAAUAUACUCAUAGCUUAUGCCCACAAUAACAGGGUUGUUGGAUAUUGCCAAGGACUAAAUUAUAUUGCAGGAUUGCUGCUAUUAGCGACAAAAAGUGAAGAGACGUCAUUCUGGCUCCUCAAGGUGCUGGUUGAGAAGAUUCUCCCGGACUACUAUACGAAAACUAUGGACGGCUUAAUCGUUGAUAUUGAAGUGUUAUCUGAACUAGUCAAAUCAAAGGUGCCUGAUGUGCACCAACACGUUAUUAAUCUCGGUUUACCUUGGGCAGUAAUAACCACAAAAUGGUUUGUGUGUUUAUUCGCUGAAGUCCUUCCCAUUGAGACUGUACUACGAAUUUGGGACUGUUUGUUUUACGAAGGUUCCAAGAUUCUGUUCCGGGUUUGUUUGACGCUAAUUAAGAACAACCGUGCGGAGAUAAUGGCCUGUAACGACUUUACCUCCCUGGCGGAGUGCUUCAAGGCCAUUGUGAAGAAUGCCAGUGCUUUGCACUGCCACGAAUUUAUGCAGUCUAUUUUUAGAGUACCUGGCACUUUGUCAAACGCAACUAUAAUCAAACUGAGGGCACGUUUUGCAAAGCAACGUCGAGAGCAACAACAGAAAGAGCCACUUCGGUGA